GGGAAUAUAAAAUUCACUUUAAUAAUUAAAAAUGCUGUCCUUAUUCUUCAUUUGUUUCUGAUUAAAACCCCAAAUUUGACAUCUCUCUAGUUGUGUAAAGUUUUGUAGAGAAGAUGAGUACUUCACUAUUCAACUCAGUUUACUUUGAUCGAGGUUGCUCGUGGAAGGGUGAAGUGAAAUCUUCCAAAUUGGGAAAACGAAAUUGUCAUAGGCUCUAUGUUGGGAGAUCGACGGCAUUGUCACCCAGAAGCUUGAAGAUUAGAAAUUCUAAGCAGGAAAAGGACGUUCGUGUUGCUCUUCUCGGUGCAAGUGGUUACACUGGUGCAGAGAUCAUUCGACUUCUUGCAAACCAUCCUUUCUUUGGCAUCACUCUAAUGACUGCUGAUAGAAAUGCUGGCAAAUCAAUGGAGUCUGUGUUUCCUCAUUUCAUCACACAGAAGGAUUUACCAAUUUUGGUUUCUAGCAAUGAUGCAAGUUUUUCUGACGUGGAUGCUGUAUUCUGUUGUUUGCCUCAUGGAACCACACAGGAAAUCAUCAAAGCUCUUCCCAAGGGGAUAAAGAUUGUUGAUCUUUCUGCAGACUUCCGGCUUCGCGAUAUUUCUGAAUAUCAAGAAUGGUAUGGCCAGCCACACAGAGCAACAGAUUUGCAGGUAGAAGCAGUAUAUGGUUUGACGGAGAUUUUCAGAGAGGAAAUAAAAAAUGCACGCCUGGUUGCUAAUCCUGGUUGUUAUCCAACAUCAAUUCAACUGCCUCUUGUGCCUUUGCUAAAGGCUAAGCUUAUUGAAUAUAAAAAUAUCAUUAUUGAUUCAAAAUCUGGCGUGAGUGGAGCAGGACGUGGUGCUAAGGUGGCAAAUCUCUAUACUGAAUUAACGGAAGGAAUUAUGUCUUAUGGUGUUACAAGGCAUCGACAUGUUCCAGAGAUUGAACAGGGACUAUCUGAUGCUGCACGUUCAAAAGUAACUGUCAGUUUCACCCCACACUUGAUGCCAAUGAGCCGUGGGAUGCAAUCAACUAUAUAUGUGGAAAUGGCUUCUGGAGUUACAGCUGAGGAUUUGUACCAGCAAUUGAAGGUUUCCUAUGAGGAUGAAGAAUUUGUUAAGUUAUUGGAGAAAGGAGUUGUUCCCCGAACUCACGAUGUUCGAGGUUCUAACUAUUGCUACAUGAAUGUCUUUCCAGAUAGAAUUUCUGGUAGAGCUAUAAUUAUAUCAGUUAUCGAUAAUCUUGUGAAGGGAGCUUCUGGUCAAGCUCUACAAAAUCUGAACAUAAUGAUGGGAUUUCCAGAAAAUACCGGGCUUCGCUACCUCCCCUUGUUCCCUUGACACUUUGCAGUCCUUUUGCCUGAAACAUCAUUGGUGUUGUGAAAUGUUUGUUUCUGAGAGCUGCUAUUGUCUUGAAGUUCUGGAAUUAAGCUAACCAUUGAGCUUUACAACAAGCAUGGGCCUAUUUAAUAAGACCUCAUAUGCAAUCAGAUGAUGGAAGCAGGAAAGCUUGCUAAGCCAUUGGAGAGCUGAGUUGCUAGAGUUGUAAUGGUUCCUGGUGUUGUUAUUGGCUCAAUUUUUGUGUUUUUUUGCAAGCUUAAGCGAAUGAAUGAGAGUUACUUUCCAACAGCCAUUUUAGCAUGGGUAGACCUGAUUAUGUAUUUUUUUGUGAGGUUUUGAAACAUUAAUCAAAUAAAACAUAAAUUAUCAUCA